AUGGGAACAGUUCCGGUAAUCGGACCAGACACGCCCUCGGGCGAUAAGCACUACAAGCCGCCAAAGACAUUCCCCAUCGGACCUCACUUUACUAGAUACGAGCAUAACCCGAUCUUGGAGCCGAACCCCGAUAACGAGUGGGAGGAGGCGUACGUAUAUAAUGCCUCGGCAAUUGUCAUUGACGAUCGGGUUUACUUGUUGUAUAGGGCUCAGGACGAGAACAAAACGCUGAGUGUGGGAUUGGCGUGGCUGGAUGAUGGCUAUAAGUUCAAGCGGUACCACAAACCUAUCAUUUACCCCACAGAGAGCUAUGAGUUUCCUGGUGGAUGUGAGGACCCACGUAUAGUGAGAGAUCCGAUUCUGAAGAGAUUUAUUGUGACAUAUACUGCGUAUGAUGGCUAUUUGGCGAGACUUUGCGUUGCUGAGUCAAUGGACUUGUUUACCUGGAGGAAGUACCCACCAAUCAUCAAAGACGAUAACUUCAAUGAGAUCGCCAAUGGACUCGACGGAAAUCAAUUCAUUCGGCAUGCGUGGCUGAAGAGCGGUGCUAUCUUUGUAGAAAGGCAUAAGGACGGUCAUUACUAUAUGAUUUGGGGAGAGUCUGGGUUCUAUCUUGCUAAAAGCAAAGACUUAGUCCAUUGGACCAUCGCUGAUAACUACACUAUUGGCAAGUUCAACUGGCAGGACCGGUUGAUUGAGCCUGGGCCUGCUCCCAUCAAGAUGGAUACGGGCAAUAGGCAUCAGAACUACUAUAUUUUGUUUUAUAAUUCUUCAACAAUUGGCGGCGGGCCGUAUCCAAAAGGGACAUACACCAUCUCUCAGAUGUUGGUGGACUACGACAAUAUCAAAGAUGGCCCCGUGGCUCGGUUGGAGAAGCCCAUCUUAGUGCCGGAGGAUGCGAAUGAGGUCAAUGGCCAGGUAGACAAAGUUGUGUUCACCGAGGGGGUGGUCCAGUUUAAAGGCAAGUGGUUCUUAUACUAUGGACAGGGUGACUCCAAGUUGGCAGUUGCAACAUGCCCUGCCAACUAA